GACUUUGUUUACCACCCCCUGCGCCAAUGGCGAUGUUUUUGCGGGCAGGGAGCCUGUUUAACAUUCAGAGAACGACGACAGCGAUGCAGUCCUACUGCUCUUCACUGACCUCUGGCAGGCAGCAUGUUAAUGGAGUGGAUCUUUACUAUGAGAAGACAGGCACAGGGAAACACGCCGUGCUGUUACUUCCUGGUGCUCUGGGAAGCACCAAGACAGAUUUUCAACCCCAGCUUAAGUCUUUGAACAAGGAGCUCUAUACUGUUGUGGGCUGGGAUCCUCGGGGUUAUGGACGAUCACGACCCCCGGACAGAGACUUCCCAACAGACUUCUUUGAAAGGGAUGCAAGGGACGCAGUGGAUUUAAUGAAGACUUUGGGGUUUGUCAAGUUCUCUCUGCUGGGGUGGAGUGAUGGAGGAAUUACAGCCCUAAUAGCUGCUGCCAUGAACCCCAUGUCAAUCAACAAGAUGGUCAUAUGGGGAUCUAAUGCUUUUGUAUCACAACAGGACCUUGACAUUUACAAUGUGGUCCGUGAUGUGUCAAGAUGGAGCGCAAAGAUGAGACAGCCCAUGGAGGAAGUGUAUGGUGCAGAAUUGUUUGCUAAAACAUGGGUGGCCUGGCUGGAUGGAAUCUCCCAGUUUGCACAGAGACCAGAAGGGAACAUCUGCAUUGAACUUCUUCCUCUGAUCAGAUGUCCGACUCUGAUCAUUCAUGGAGAAAAAGAUCCAAUGGUCCCCAGCUUCCACCCACACUUCCUUCUCAAACAUAUCCAGGGAUCAAGAUUACACCUGAUGCCAAACGGAAAACACAAUAUCCAUCUGAGGUUCGCUGAGGAAUUCAACAAACUGGUGGAGGACUUUCUGGAAGAGGGAAACAAUAAUUAACACACUGAAAUAAUCACCGUGAUGAAGAGGUCAUUGCAUCAAGCUUUUGAAAUGUUUGUUCAUUUUGGUUAACAAUUAAGAUCUGUGUUAUUUCUAUUUGAUUUAACAUUUUGCCUAUCAUCCACAUUCCCAAUAUGAGACAAAAACACACAUCAUCCCUUUUCUGUGCGUUCUCGAUAGUAAAAAAAAAACUAGCAUGAGGAGACCAACAAUGCAUAUAAAGGGGAGUAUACUAUUUUGUUAAUAAACUCCUCUAAAAAACA